AUGGAUAGACUUGAUAUAAUUCGAACACUAGUUGCAUUGGCAGCACAGAAGCAUUGGAAAUUGUAUGAGCUGGAUGUUAAAUCUACUUUCCUAAAUGGUGUGUUAGAAGAAGAGGUUUAUGUAGACCAGCUAGAUGGUUUUGUGGUCAAGGGGAGUGAAGACAAAGUGUACAAGCUUCAUAAAGCUCUAUAUGGCUUAAAACAAGCACCAAGGGCAUGGUAUGGUGAAAUUGACACCUAUUUUGCUCAAUGUGGAUUUGCAAAGAGUCAAACUGAGGUUACUCUUUAUACCAAAACCAGAGGGGAAGCAGAAAUCCUAAUCGUGUCAAUAUAUGUGGAUAAUAUUGUGUAUACAGGAAAUAGUCAACCAAUGUUGGAGGAGUUCAAGAGAGAUAUGAUGGUAAAGUAUGAAAUGACAGACUUCGGGCUCCUACAUCACUUUCUAGGAAUGGGAGUUAUCCAAACUCACACAAUUACAACUGAAAAGCUGAGCAAAGAUGAUGGUAGUGGUCCAACAAAUGAAGAACAGUAUAGGAAAAUUGUGGGAAGUAUGUUGUAUCUCACCGCCACAAGACCCGAUGUGAUGUAUGUUGCUAGCCUACUUUCAAGGUUUAUUCAUUGCCCUACUAAUAAGCACUAUGGAACUGCUAAAAGAGUUCUCGGGUAUGUCAAAGGAACACUUGACUACGAUUUGGAUGGAGUCUUUACUUGGGCUUCAGUUAAACAAAACUGUGUUGCUCUCUCUACAGCAAAGGCAAAAUAUAUCAGUGCAUCAAAGGCAACUGCACGGGCAAUUUGGCUCAGGUUUAUGUUGGAAGAUUUUGGCAAAUUUCAAGUUGAGGCUACUACACUUCAGUGUGAUAAUACUGCUGCAAUUGCCAUAACAAAGAAUCCUAUGUUUCACCAAAAAAAACUAAGCAUAUUGAUCGAAGGUAUCACUUCAUGA